AAUAUGUGAUCCGCCGUUUUCACAAUGCGGGGGCUCACUUUUUUCUUCCUUCUUCUUCUCUUUCAUAGCUGAAAGAGAGAGAAACUGCUUUGUUUCUCCCGUCCCUGAUUUUCCCUGUUUCUUUUGCUCACCGAAAAUCCUGCUAAAUGUGCUUCGUGCAUCGCAUACCCGGCCAGUAUUCCUGUUAACUGACGUCCGUUGGCCUGACCGUCUUUUAUUAUUAUUACACAUCAGAUGCCUGAUUCCCUCGAGGGACAAUUCCAAUUGUCUCCCGCCAUGCAGUCCUCGAACAAAACCGGGCAGAACAGCAUCAACAGAAGCAGCGGCAACGGCAACAUCAAUGCUUCUAUGCGUGCACACCGCCCUCGAAGGACAAAAUCUCCUCGGAUGUCUCCUGUUCUCGAGGAUACAAAGGUUGGCGGUCAAACUGAAGCUGUGAUUCUGCGGAUAAUCGAAGACACAAAUAGUAUUAUACCAUCUCAACAGGCCCAUACGGAGCCAAACUAUACAAAUAACACGGCGUCCAGAGAAGAUAAAAUUUUUGUCUUUCCACAGCCUCACAGAAGGGUAUCUCCGUCGCCAUCAUCCAUGUCGAGAUCAAGCAUGCCAAAGUCGGUAGACAACCAGUCACCGCCACCAGUCCCGCAGCUGAAUGGGAACUCUCAGCAUAAGUUUGCUGUCUUUCCUCCUCCCCGGUCAUCUACCCCGAACAGAUCUAAGUCGACAACAUCCUCAUCACGUAAAAGGGCGAAGACUGCCAGUUCUACAAACUCCCAGAGCGAUUCAACCCCUGGAGGAUGGUCAUCACCUUCGACUUCGGAGGGCGAACCGCGUGAUGUUGGCAAUUCUCCAGGACAAGACAACUCGUCACCUCUUCCUCCACCUCCGCCACCUCUGAUGAGAUCUAUAUUUCCUCGAUAUGAUCCUGACCUGCCUCUGAAUCAACAGAGAUAUUACCCGAAUGCAGGAUCACCUAGAAGUAGUUCGGACCAAGCACCAUCACGAGUAGACUAUGGAUCUCUUUCUCCUCCAUCUACUUCUGCAUGCCCUAGUUCAUUUACAUCCACCGACGGGCCCAUGAUCGCUUCAGUGGAAUCCCUUGAAAAGCUAUGGAAUGCCACGUGUGGUGAAAGCCCUGGAUCUGAUGCUGGCACUUUUCACCUGAACAUCCGAAGGAUUGAUUCGUUCACAUAUAAUAUUGGUGCUGGAUCUGUGGCUUUCUACACACUGAAGACUGACACAAUUAGUGAUUUUGAACUUCACAAGACUCACCCAACCAAACCGAACACCAAAUCCCCAAUAGUAACCCUUAACCUUGACCACAUCCAAAACCGCAGCAGCACCACCAUUCCCAUUUUCCCGAAACUGGCUGAGAUUUUAGCAAGGGAGCAGUCAUUAGAAUUGGCAAGACAAAAUAAACUAACCCCUGUACAAGCCAUGGAAGCCGAGAGUGCUGCAGUGAGCCAGGUGAAAGCAAAGGAGACUUGCGUUUUUGAGUGGCAGGAUGCCCAAACACGGUAUAAACUACACUACCAGGCGAUGAUGAACUCCUCGCCAUCUACUCCCGGAAGCCGCCCUCAAUCAGCCCGGUCAAGCGUGCGUACAAGUCUUCUUAAUGCAUCGGUAUCGAACUCACUACCUCCAUUCGGCGGCCCAUCAUAUGGCCCUACCGUCGUCGUGUCAGCUCCUAACAGCGGGUCGUCCUCAAGGGGGACUGAUACACCGUUGGCAGCCGUGGAUUUAGAGCACAUGACUCUUACUAUCUUUUCAAACGAUAUUCUUUCGGCAGUCCCAUCCCUGCAUAGCAUUGAUACCCUGGUCGCAGCUAUUUCCAACGAAACCACCAAGCAGGUGCUCGAGAGCAUCGACAUCUAUGCCCCCAAGCUAGAGGAAUUCCCAGACCCGUACCGGCCUCCAACACCAAGCCCAGCCUCCGUUCUUGCAAACCAUACCCCGACCAAUAGCAAUGGCAGUGCUAACGAGCAUUCCAAUCCCAUGUCAACAUCCACCUCCACUCCCAAUAACAAGCCCGCUUGUAUUGAGGCAGAACGUCGAUACUUUACACCAACCGGCAAACAAAUCUUCACGACUCAAGCUGAGCGCGAAGAAUACGAACGAGAAGCGGAGUUGAUGGCGCAGAUUAGGCGAAAACAAAGGGAAUCGAAAGGAACCAGUCGGUAUCAUCCUGGAAAUGGCCUUGGAAAAGACGGCCUGAAGUCGAGGAGAUAG